UCUUUAGUCGACAGGCGACAGCCGAUCCGGUAUCAUUUCCAAUCAAUCGUGGCCGUACUGCGGUUCCAAAGCGCGCGGUGUGAAAAACUAGAACUUCUGCUCCAGUCAGUAUCCCGUCAUGUAGAACAAACGUUGAAGAUCUGUCAAAUCUACGAGGUGAACUGCAGGCUGAUUACAAUACAGAGGAAUUAAGUUGGGAAAGUCGAAAGUCGAGUUUACAAAGUGAAUGCUGAAAACGAAACGAGUAUCUUCGUGUGCUAAGUGCAGAGUGAAAUAUUAUUACAUUUAAAGAUUAAUUCGGUGCAAUUGAGGAAACAUUUCAGCUGAGAGAAAUCAACUACAAUCCACGAUACAUGCUGUUAAUGCUGACAUCAUCAUGACCUGGAAGAAGUGCAAAACGACGUGGCUGCUUCUACUAACGACCCUCUUCUCUCCAAACUUCGCCUUUGUACUACCUGGAGAAUGGGACGAACCAUACUUCACGUCUCUCGUACCGGACAAGGUCAUCAUUGGCCCUUACGAUCAGAUCCUAAGAGAGCAAAGCAUCUCGAUGUGGGAGGAAAUGCUGCCUCCGAUUCGAAUCCUCCAGGUCAACUACAAAGGUUCGAAUAUCAAAAUCCAGACUAUGCCAUCCCAUCUCGGGGCUAAGUUGAUCCACGAGAACGGCAAGUGGUACAUUGACGUCAACAAUCGAAUGGAUUUUGAACAAUACAGCCAUCGGUUGUCACUGCUAACCUUGCUGGUGGAAAAUGACGUGAAAAACACAGUUACAGUGGCGAUUAGGUUAAUCAACAUCCUAGACAACGCUCCGUCCAUGACCAGUGAGGGACCCUGCAAGGUACCAGAACAUAAGGAAAGCUUCCUAUCAGAUUGCAGCUAUAAGGUUUAUCAUGGGGACGGUUUCGUUACAAACGAAAUCGAAGGGAAAUACACGAAUCGUUUGGAUUUUGAGCUGCCAGAUGAGGAAGCUGAGUUUUUCGAAAUGAAAGAAGUAAUGCUAAUCGAUGAUUACAAUAAACGGUUCCAGUUGUGGGUACUAAAAGAGCUAGACUACACCCAGCAAGCAAUGUUCAAUUUCCCAGCAACGGUGUUCGACUUCAAUCGAACCAACAAUUUCACAUUGAACAUUGUCGUGCCGGUCCAGAACGUCGAAAGUCGACCACCGAUCUUCACCCGCCCGUUCACAACGCGUCGCAUCCCGGAGAAGGCUCCAUUCAGCACGGUGAUCACUGCCAUCGACGGUGACACGGGGUUGAACUCUCCAAUUUGCUAUGAACUGGUAACCGAAAAUGAAGCUCACACCAAGUACUUCAGUAUUGAGUUAGAUGACAGCGGAAAAAACGGGAACCUGUUGGUGGACUACAUCGAUCGAGAUGAGGAAAAGAACGAAUUCUAUCAAUUUACGAUUAAUGCUUUCAAAUGCCACAACCGGCUAUUCAACACCACCAGUGAGGCAGCAAUCAUUCUCGACGACAUCAACGACCACGCACCGACGUUUGACGUCGAACCAGACCGGUUGAUCAUCCGGGAAAACACCCUAAUGGAACUGCCACUGGUUCGAUUCAACAUCGAGGACGUAGAUUUGGGCAACCACGCAACCUACGACGUUAGUCUUCAGGAAAUUGUCCCCGGAGCGGAAACCUUCAGCAUCAUCCCGAGCAGUGGUUACCAGCUGGCUUCGUUCACACUAACGAUCGUAAACGCUUCCCAGCUGGACUACGAACUGCCCGAACGGCAACGGUUCAAUCUGAUCGUUACGGCUACCGAGGCGGCAAACUCUUCCCACACCAACCAGCAGAUCCUGGCCAUCGAGCUGCUCAACUGGAACGACGAAGUACCGGCAUUCGAUAAGGAUAUCUAUGAAGUUUCCAUCGAUGAAACCAUCGGAAAAGACGUCGAUCUGUUGACGGUACAUGUUACCGAUCGGGAUAUCGACGACAGCGUCCAGCUACAGAUUUUGAGCCGGAUCGGCGAUGAUCUGAAUGUUACGGUAGUGAACAAUUCCGUUCAUGAUUUCCCAAUUCCAACAUUCAGCUUCCGAAUCAGCACUGCACGGGAGGGCAUCUUCGACUGGGACGUAGCUCAAGAGGUCAUCGUCCAAUUACAGGCAGAGGAUACGCUGCAAACCGAUGAAAGAGAUCCGCUGCACAAAGUGUUCGCCCAGGUUGUAAUUACGGUGCGGGAUAUCAAUAACAAACCACCCUCGAUCGCGGUUCCUAGAGGAAGGAUCCACAUCGAGGAAAACUCGGAACCGAAUACGGUUGCGAAGAUUGGAGAUGCCGAAGAUGCCGAAGAUGCGAUUCUGAUCGGAACCGAUCCCGACUCGGAUGCAGAUCUUAAGUUCAGCAUCGAUUGGCAGAGCAGCUAUGCCGUCAAAGGGGGUACGUCAGUCGACCCGGAAGUUUUUAAAGAUUGUCUGGUCAUCGAAGUCGAUUCUAGCAAUCGAAAUCGUGUCACGGGAAAAAUUCGGGUAAAUCCGGAACUAGAUCAGGAAACCAUCAACCAACGGUUGGACCACGAAGCAUACGAGACGCUUUUCCUCACUAUUCGGUUGGUCGAUGAGAAACAGGUCAUUUUACCAGGCGAUACGGAAGCGAUCGUAGUGCUUCAGAUCGAUAACGUCAACGAUAAUGAACCGGAAUUCGUCGGAAAUACGUUGGCCGUGGAGCGGUUUGUCAUGGAAGAAGCCGAAACGGGAACCAUCGUCGGAAGUAUCGUGGCUAUUGACAGAGAUGGAGACGAAAUCACAUAUACGAUCACCGCAGAGAAUCCCGAUCAAGAAGGACUCAUUGCGAUCGGUUCCACCGGAAUGUUGACUGUAAACGCAACGGAAAACACCAUUGAUUGUGACGUACCAAAGACUUACAAGAUCCCUCUUCUGAUUACCCUGACUGACGGAGUUUACGUCACGAACGGUUCCAUUGAAAUCUUCAUUACCGACACCAACAACAAAAUUCCAAGCUUCAGUUCGGGCAUCCCUUCGCAAGUGUUGAUUUUCGAAAAAUCCCCAUCCGGCACGGAGAUCCUUCAGCUUAACGUAGAAGAUCUUGAUCGAGACGAACCGUUUGACACGGUAGGAUUUGAAAUAGACUUCCGAACGUUCCCGGAUUUGCAAAACUACUUCGAAAUAAGUCGUUUGGUAGACGACUCCGGCGAACGGUUGAAUCAAUCCGGACUGGUUUUGGUCAAAGAUAACAACCGACAGCUAGAUCGGGACACCGGUACGGAUCGAUUCACGAUCAACGUCAAAGUACAGGACAACAACGGUGGUACGGGUCGACGAAAUUCGAACGAAACAAGCUUCUCGUUGAUUCUGUUGGAUAUCAACGACCAUGAACCGGUUCUGCCAGCGUUGCCGGAACUGAAGCUGUCCGAGGACACCAAAAAGGGAACGGUCCUGGUCGACCGGUUCGAAGCAACAGAUUUGGACGACCCUAACACACCGAACGCACAGAUCAACUACCGAAUUAUAAAGAUCGAGGCAGCUGGUGACAAUUCUCCGGAGGCAAUAGGCGGCAACCGGCAAGACAGCAUCGACAAUCUCUUCGUCCUGACGCAGCCGGACGAAUACGUAGCCCGACUUACGGUGGGUCAGGAUUUGAAAGGAUUCUACGGCAGCUGGGCGGUACAGAUUGAGGCUUGCGAUCGGGGAGACGAGUACAGCUUGCUGGAAGACAGCCCUCGGCUGUGUAACAGCGCCACCUAUACCGUUCUGAUUGACCCGGUUAACUAUAUGGCACCGGUGAUCAACUUUCCCCGAAAUGACGAACGGAUCCGAUUGAAGUUCGAAUCACUGACCAACGGUAGACCAUUGGUCAACACGCAAGGUGAAACGGUUCCGAACUUCAGUGCCACCGAUACGGACGGAGGAGCCUUUGGCGUGGUGACGUUCAGCUUGCAGAGCCAAGACGAAUCCACACAGGACCAUGUGUUCUUCCAGCUCAAUCCAAUCGACAAGCACACUGUACAGUUGGUACUGGUCAAUGCUGACGCCAUCGAAGCUCGUUCCUAUCGGGUUAUUGUCAACGCACGGGACGGCGGAGACCUGUCAGGCACACCGGUGAGUGUGGUAAUUGCUUUCAUCAACAUGACCGGCGAACCGGAGUUUCAACCGGAGGACUCACCCUUCCAAACGGACUUCACCGAAAAUGAAGAAGGCAUGGAAGAGAAACGUGAAAUCCCGGAGGCGAUCGAUCCAAAAAAUGCUGAACUACCACCGGAGGAGCAUAAGAAUGUGUUCUACUUCAUCGACCCUUCCUACGGAACCGCAAGCCACCUCUUUCAGCUGGACAAGGAAACGCGCAUUCUUCAGCUGACGCAGGAGCUCGAUCGCGAGGAGAUCCCCUCGUAUGAAAUUCUCGUCCUCGCCACCAACAACAUCAACGGUCCGACCGGUCCCCUGGCACCGGAUUCGCGUUCCCAACUGAUCGUACACAUCAAAGUGAACGACGUCAACGAUAAUCCACCCAAAUUCCGAAUACCGUCCUACUCAGCCGGUAUCACCACCAACGACUAUCCGGGGAAGAUUCUGUUCGAAGUGAUCGCAGACGAUCCGGACGAAGACGACGUGAUGAGUUACUCGAUUGACGAGGGAACUCUGGAAGUUCAUGGAGAAAAUCUUCCCACCAGUCCGUUCCCAUUCGGCAUGGGUCGGAGCAGUGGACAGUUGUCGCUGGCCGUACAAAUGCAGGAUCGCAUGAAUGGCUUCUACACGUUUACGAUCGUAGCUAAGGAUUUGGUGGAUCACAACGACACGUCGCAGGUGAAGAUUUACCUAAUUGCUGAAAGCAAUAGAGUCACUUUUGUGUUCCUCAACAAUGUCCAGGACAUUGCCACACAGGAGAUGAAGGAUUUCUUGAAGACAGAGUUUACCAAGCACUAUGAAAUGGUAUCCAACAUUGAUGACGUGGUGCAGGGUUCGAUCGAGGGAAACACAAGAGCCGAUGGAGACUCGGUGACGGACGUUAGAGCUCACUUUAUCCAGAACGACGAAGCCGUCCAAGCGGUCGUCAUCCAGCAGCGCUCGAACGAUCGAGUAUUCGUGACGAAUCUGAAAACGACUCUAUCCACGCGCCAGCUUUUCCUCCAGGACGUCCCAGUAACCAGCGUGGAAUUCCUCGAGGAGAAAAGCGGACUGCUGCAAACGAUCCUAAUUGUGGUCGCAUCAGCAUUGGCCUUCCUCUGCGUCAUUCUGUUGGUUGCGUUCUGCAUCAAAAUACGUAGCCUGAGUCGACAGCUGAAGGCCAUGUCUGCUACCGAUUUCGGUUCAAUUGCUUCCGACGAUAUCAACGUUGGCGCUGGUCGGAAGGUACCGACGACAAACGUCUUCUCUGUCGAGGGCUCCAAUCCGGUGCUGAACGACCGGGAGUUCACCAAGGGAGCAUUCGAUGACGUUAGUGUCCAAUCGUACGAAUCGGACUUUGUGGGCAUCGACAACGACAUAUUUGCAACGACACUGGAGAAGGACGGCCUCAACCCCGCACUGAUGGACCACAUCCGGCAGAGGUCGUUAAACCCGAUGGUCAAUGGAGGUGCUGGUGAUGACACGGGACCUACUUCCAACUCCAAACCGGACCCACCGGCCCGUCAAAUUGCUUCCGAUAACGACGAUGAACUGGCACAUCGAUUCUGAGAAGUCAAAUCCGGGAAGAAAUAGCAUUGUAAAACAAAAUAGGAAUUCAUACUCGUUCAAUCUGGUUGUGUAUUUGCCUUCGCAUGUGGUAAUGUCUCAGGGGUCUUCGCAAAUGUGCACUGGCGUUUGCUUUUGAGAGGUGUUGGUUUUAUGGUUCCAAACUGAGGGAGGAUUGACCGACAGUAAAAAGCAAAUAUGAUCUUAGUUAGGAUUUUACGACUUGUAUUGUAGCUUCAUAUUUAUAUUACUGCAGCAUUAUGAAUCAUACGGACAAUAUAAGCGAGCUGUACUGGUGUUUUAUUGUG